AUGGAUGCUUCAGAAGAUCGAGAUAUCAAGCUCCAGCGAGCGUCAAAUGAUCUUGUCGCUGAGUUUUCCAAUCGGUUGCCAAAGCUGCUUUGGAAGACCCAGGCCGAACAUACUCAUCGAACCCCACGCAAAUGGGCCGAGGUAUCCAAAACAGAGAAGCUUGUUGCACUGCUUGAGCCAUUUCAAGAAUGGCCCCAGCUUUUGGAUCCGCACCUGCAAAAGCUGCUUCCCACGUUAGUGGAUGCUUUUUUGGCUUAUCUGGUAAAGCACCGCGGGGAGUAUGGCUCUCAGCCCACCCAAGGCCCUCGCAAGGUUGAUUUCUACCCCCUUCCACGGGCAAUCAGCAGACUUCUUUACACUUUCUGCAAAGUCCGGGGCGUCAAGGUCAUUAGUCGAUUCUUGAAUAACGAGCCCAAGUACCUAGACUCCAUGCUACGUGCCUUUGUCGAAUGGGACAACUUGAACCACGUGGGCAUGGACUCAGACAUGAUCGGACUGGAAACAAAGAGUCUGCAAUGGGAAGAGCGAUAUGUCAUGCUCAUCUGGCUUUCGCACCUUCUCUUGGCGCCAUUUGAUCUAGUCUCGCUGUCGUCUGAUGAUAUUCCUGUACCCUUUGACAACCUUGACAAGUUUGGUAGAAUAUCGGCUCACACUCCGAUGGUAGCAAAAUCGCUACUUUCGCUCGCGACUCAUUAUAUCAAUGCCUCUGGCAAGGAACGUGAGGCGGCCACUGCCCUUCUUGCACGACUCGUCUUACGUGGGGACAUGCAAGCCCUCGGCUUCUUGACAGAAUCGAUGAACUGGGCUUUUGCCACGAUCAAUCCCGCCGAAGAGAAACAGUUACCGUCAGUCUACUCAUGCAUCGGCAUUCUUUCAUUCAUUGCUCGUCUCGCAGGAUCAGGUCAUAUGGAAGAUCUGGCUCCCCUGUUGCAGACUAUCUUCAAUGAGACCCUCAACAUCGUCCAGGGAAUCGCACAUGUGUCAACAGUCGCGCAGACCUCAGCGUUAGCUCGAAAAACCGUGGUCAAGAUUUUACGCAACGUCACGACUAUGGCACUCACUCUGGCUGAAAGGGGGAACGGCAAUAUGACCGAUGAGACUCUAUCUAGCAUUCUAGAAGAGGCCGUUGAUCAUUUCUUGAAUGCGUUGGCAGACAAGGACACCCCCGUGCGGUUCGCCGCCAGCAAAGCCCUCAGCGUGAUUACUCUCAAGCUUGAGCCGGAGAUGGGUGCGGAGAUUAUUGAGGCUGUCAUUGGUUCCUUGGGAGAGAACAUUCUCUUCGAAAAGGAAGAUGGCACUUUGAUUACACCUUUUGAAGCACGCCGGGCAGGAUUGACACUGCUUAAGCGUAAUUUGAGUGGAGUUGAUGCUCAGCGUUGGCAGGGUCUGAUGCUUACAUUAUCUCAUCUUCUAUUUCGGCGGGCACCUCCCACCGAACAGUUACCUGAGAUUCUCCAGUCACUCGUGGCAGGUCUUGGCUUUGAGCAAAGAUCAUCGACCGGAAGUUCUGCCGGGACAGGUGUCCGUGAUGCUGCCUGCUUCGGAGUCUGGGCUCUAUCACGGAAAUACUUGACCUCGGAGCUGCAAUCUCUUCAGCGCCAGACGAUCCCAGCAUUGUCUGGUGUUGUUGAAGUUGAAGUUUUGCAGAAGCUUGCCGUUGAACUUGUCUGCUCAGCCUGCGUCGAUCCAUCUGGUAACAUCCGCCGCGGAGCCUCUGCCGCACUUCAAGAGUUGGUUGGCCGCCACCCUGACACUAUCACGCAAGGCAUCCCUCUCGUCCAAGCCGUCGAUUACCAUGCUGUUGCACGGCGUUCCCGUGCGAUGAUAGACGUCUCCAAGGCUACUGCAUGUUUGGAUCAAAUGUAUUGGGGCCCCUUGAUUGAGAGUAUGAUGCAGUCGCGCGGCAUUUGUUCCCCAGACGCCGAGUCCAGAAGACAUGCCGCUCAAGCUAUCGGUGUCUUGAGCAAGCAGCAGAGUUUUUCAACUAUUCGGAUAGUUUUGGAGAGACUGCUGUCUAAGCUACCUCAAAUUCCCAGAAGCGAGGUUGAAUCGCGACAUGGUUGUCUGUUGGCAUUUGCCGCUACGGUUGACAUUUAUCUGAGCGAAUGGAAAUCAUUGCCAGGACUGCGGAACUCGCAAGAGGUAGAGGCAAUUUCAUCCCAGAUUGUCAAAUUGUGGGAAAUUUUCGUGUCACCGUUUGGACCCACGGACAAUGACUUGACACUCCAAAGCUUCCGCCCUGAACUCACCUCGGAGGCUUCUGCUCGUUUGAUCGCAUCGCUUUCCCAGGCCAUUCGAUCCAUCGGCCUACCCGCCCCCUCAGGCCCUAUUUUGGAUCGUGUGCUACAUAUUUUAUCUCUCUGCGUUUCUCGAAGAGACGAUACCUCUAUUGAGGCCGCGUCUGAGGCUCUGUCUACGCUGUUCCCCCUCCUCGACCGCCAAAAGCAAGAUGACACGGUACAGGGCUGGAUCUAUCAUCUGCGCUCCUCGUCCAAGCUGCCCACUGGCCGUGGUCAGAUUCUUGCUAUAGGAGCAGUAUAUAAGCAACUUGAAGGAUUCAAGAGCCUCCAAGACAAGAUUGUUAGCGAGAUACUCAGAUCUUCCGGGCAAGAAGAGCUGAUCGAGAAACGGGUGGCUGCUGUGAGUUGCUUGUCAGCGAACAUCCUGCCACACACCGUCGUCGUAGAGGAGAUUGCGGAGAAUGUGUUGAAUUAUCUCAAUGAUUAUACCACAGAUAGGCGAGGUGAUGUAGGAUCAUUGGUUCGUGUGGAAGCCGUCAAUGCUGCGAGCCUUCUCCUCAGGUCAGGCUCACCGUUGGCACCGACUUCGCCGCUUGUGAAAAGCCUGGUGGGAUGUUUGUGCCGUCUGUCAUCUGAGAAGCUCGACAAGGUCAGACUUCGGGCCUGGCUCUGCUUGCAACAAAUCUGCGACACAAAUUACCUGGAUCUGCCGUCAAUGCAAAGCAAAUAUGAGCAUUUUAGCAAUGUAUCCUCUCAGGGAUACUUUGAGCAAUUGCUAUCCUUGUAUAAGGUUGAAUGGCUUCGCCAACCUUUGAUUCAGGGUCUUGCUACGUCAGCAACGGCGGGCGCCGACGGGCUUAUUCGCUCCUCACGUUCGGCGCUCAUCCAGGUUUUGGUCUCACACGACUCCACCGACCAGCAGGCACUACUGACGAAUAUCCUCAAUGAUCUCGCCACUGUCCUGGGCUCCAAUAUUCAGGAUGAUCGCUAUGCCAUCCCGGUCGUCGAUCUUCUGGGUUUUUUGAUUGACAGCUUCGUAGUCCCAGACCAGUCAGUGUAUGAUGCCGCACUGCGAGAGGUUUUUGUCUUAGUACAAAAAUUUCAUUUCCGGUCAUCCAGCAUUCAGCGGCUGGAAUCUGCCGUCAAGGUUUACGCGGCUUUAUCCCGAUGUACUUCGUUGCGCGAGGAUGCGUUGAAGAAGUUGACUGGGAUUCUACUUCACCCAUUUCCAAGGGUUCGCGCUUGCGCCGCUGAUUAUUUAUAUGUAGUGAUCGGCUCGGAGACGAUCAAGUAUGAAGAUUGGUCUGCUCAGCCAAAACACUUGAAGCAGAAAGUGGAGGAAUUAAGAACUGUUCUCCUUCCGGUUGAAUGA